AUGUGCGAUCCUAACAUGGCCGAGUUUCAGACGAUGAUAGAGCAAGUGAUCCAGAACUGUCGUCCUGAGCUCAUCAUUGACGACCAGAAUGGAUCUUCUCUGAAACUGGGUCAGCUCGACGGCAGGUAUGUGGCUCCAUUUGGCCAGGAACACUACAGGCGAGUCCGAGAUGUGGCUCUUCGGGACGAUGACAUCAUUUUAGCCGGCUAUCCUAAGACAGGUUGUCACUGGACCUGGGAGGUGCUCUCUAUGAUCAUCAGUGGCCGAGCCGUCCACACAAAAACGGGCAAGCUUCUGUGUUUCAUGGAGAUGACCACGCCACAUUUGUUAAACAGCGUCCAGUCCAGACGUAUUCUCAACUCUCACCUCUGGUUUCGAUAUCUCCCAAAACAGAUGAAAGAGAAACAAACGAAGACAAUACUGACCUUCAGAAACCCCAAGGACACCGUGGUUUCAUUCUUCCAUCACCACGCGGCUAUGCCAGAACCGAGGACCUACACUGGAACCUUCAACGGCUUCUUCUCUUUAUUCAUGAAAGGUCAAGUGGAUCUCGGUUCCUUCUUUGAUUACUACAAGGAAUGGGAUGAGGACAUCAGAAACAACACAGACCAGCCGAUAUUAAUUGUGACGUACGAGGACAUGAAGGAGGAUCUGCCCAGAGAGAUCAGGAGACUGGCGGCUUUCAUUGACGUCCCUCUCACAGACCAGCAGGUGGAGGAGAUUGCCCAGGCGGGCAGCUUCAGCUCCAUGAAGGAUGUCUACCACAGAAACAAUUAUUUUUCUGACAGAUAUUUGAGAAAAGGUCAAGUGGGGGACUGGAAGAACUGGCUGACCGUUGCCCAAAGUGAGAUGGUGGACGCCGCCGUUGAGCAGAAGUUGAAGGGCACCCGCUUUGCCUCCCCGAGAUAUACAUUAAAAGUUUAG